AUGGCUCAGCGAAUCACUCAGCUUGCUUCGCAUCUCGACCCACGCUCGUGGUCAGGCAAGGGUCUGCACGCUCACAUGGUCAAGAACGACUCGGACGUUGUCAUUGUCGCCGCCGGACGUACGCCCUUCACCAAAGCCUACAAGGGAUCCAUGAAGGACUCGAAGUUCGACCUUCUUUGCUACGAGUUCUUCAAAUCGCUCAUUGCUUCGUCCGCCAUCGACCCGGCUCUCAUUCAAGACAUCGUGGUUGGAAAUGUGCACAACGACGAGGCGCCCUACUACGUGCGUGCUGCCGCUCUCGCUGCCGGGAUUCCCAACACGACGCCGGCGAUUGUGGUCAACCGAUUCUGCUCUUCUGGUCUCAUGGCGAUCCGCACUAUCGCCAACGGUAUCCAGGCUGGUGAGAUCGAGUGUGGUCUGGCGUGUGGUAUCGAACACAUGUCGACACAGCCCAAGCGACCCACGGUCAUCUCAGAGGAACUGAGCAGGGUCAGCCAGGAGGCAGACGACUGUAAGAUGCCCAUGGGCUGGACCUCGGAGAAUGUCGCCAAAGACUUUAACAUUUCGCGCGCAAAGAUGGACGAGUAUGCGGCGCGUUCUCACCUGCGUGCGAUUCAGGCGCAGUCGCAGGGCAAAUUUGAUGCCGAGAUCUUCCCCAUUUCCGUCCCCACUGUUGGCAAGGACGGUGCGAAACAGACGACAGUAGUGAGCGCGGACGAGGGACCGCGUGCCGGAACGACGGCCGAAUCACUCGGCAAAAUCAAGUCGGCUUUCCCUCAGUGGGCACCGUCCAACACCACCGGGGGUAACGCUUCGCAGAUCACCGACGGCGCUGCUGGCGUCAUCCUCAUGCGUCGUUCGCUCGCCAACAAGCUCGGCCUGAAAGUGCUCGGAAAGUACGUCUCGUGUGCUGUUACUGGUCUCGAACCACGAAUCAUGGGAAUCGGUCCCAGCUCGGCCAUCCCAGCUCUCCUCGCACAGACCGGCGUAAAGCAAGACGAGGUCGAUCUGUUCGAGAUCAACGAAGCCUUCGCCAGCAUGUACGUCUACUGUGUCGAAAAGCUGGGCCUCGACCCCGAAAAGGUCAACGUCAACGGCGGUGCCUGCGCUCUUGGUCACCCUCUCGGUGCUACAGGCGCCAGGUUGGUCGUUACCGCAUUGAAGGAGUUGGAGAGGAGACAGCAGAAGGUCGCCGUCGUCUCCAUGUGUAUUGGACUCGGCAUGGGCGCUGCUGGUCUGAUUCUCAGGGAGGACUGA